AUGAGAGUGCAGAGUGUUAUCCUCCUGCCCCUGCUGAUCUCGGCAGCCCUGGGUGCCUGCCCUCUGCCAGCGGAUUUGAAAGAUCCUGAUGGAAACAAACUCUGCGCUCGUUUAUACGAGGACAGCAGCCCCUACUAUGACGACUGCUGUGGUGGGAAAUACCUGGAUGUUCAAGUGGGGGAAGAUAUCCCCUAUAUCAAACUUGGAUGGAAUAACCGUAUAUCUUCUGUGGUGGUGGCCCCAAGGUGCGAGCUGACCGUUUGGUCAAAGAAACCAAAGGAUGGUUCCACACGUAAAUUCAGCAGCGGGGCUUAUCCACGACUUGAAGAGCUCAAAAAGGGUCUUUUCGGGACCUGGGAUGACUCCAUCUCUUCCUAUUAUUGCAAGUGUACUUAA